UAGUCCACUUAAGCACCGAAAGCCAUCCUGCCUCUCCGCUGCUUUCCCAGUUCCCUUGCCAGACGGCGAGCUAGGGAGAGAGUGAGGUCGGGAGAGAGAACCAGCAAAUCUUUGAGCGUGAAUUAUGAUUGUGUUGACUUUCAUUUGAUUCCUUGGUUCUGGUUUUGCGUUAGUUUUUUGUCGAACCAAUCUGGGACUAGUCUUUCUCCUGCUUGGUUUUUGAGUCUCCAUCUGGAAGGUGUCUCUCAUGGCAGCACAGUCUCUGUAUCUCGCCCCUCUUCUUCCUUCUGUGCCGCCCUCUGACUCUUUCUCUGCCAGAAGCCAAUUGUUCUUCACCAACAAGCCCGGAAAGUCGGACCGUCUCGCCGGGAGGCGGAAAUGUGUGCAUGCUUCCUCUUCUUCUUUGUCUUCUGCUCCGGUUGUAGAUCGUCCGCCACUUGAAUCAGCUCGAGAUGGGCAUCGCGCUAACCAGACCCUUCCAAAGCUCCGGGUCCUCGUUGCUGGCGGUGGCAUCGGCGGCCUCGUCUUCGCUCUCGCCGCUAAACGAAAGGGAUUCGAUGUCGUAGUGUUCGAGCGGGACUUGAGCGCGGUGAGGGGGGAGGGCAAGUAUAGAGGGCCGAUCCAGAUACAGAGCAAUGCCCUAGCGGCACUGGAGGCCAUCGAUCCCGACGUGGCCGACGAGAUCAUGAGGGAAGCGUGCGUUACGGGUGACCGGAUCAAUGGCUUGGUUGAUGGGAUCUCCGGCGAGUGGUACAUCAAGUUCGAUACCUUCACUCCGGCGGCAGAGCGCGGGCUUCCGGUAACACGGGUCAUAAGCAGAAUGACUCUGCAGGAGAUCCUGGCUCGCGCAGUGGGCGAUGACUUAAUCAUGAACGCGAGUAACGUUGUUGAUUUUGUGGAUGAUGGGAAGAAGGUGGCAGUAAUACUGGAGAAUGGUGAUCGUUAUGAAGGGGAUCUUUUAGUUGGCGCUGAUGGUAUCUGGUCUCAGGUGCGUAAGAUCUUGUUUGGACACCAAGAUGCUAUGUACUCUGGCUACACGUGCUAUACUGGCAUUGCAGAUUUUGUGCCUCCUGAUAUUGAGUCUGUGGGAUACCGUGUAUUUUUGGGUCACAAACAGUAUUUUGUUUCCUCAGAUGUGGGUGCUGGAAAGAUGCAAUGGUAUGCAUUUCACAAGGAACCAGCUGGUGGCACUGACACUUCCAAUGGUAAGAAAAAGAGGCUGCUAGAGAUUUUUGGGAAUUGGUGUGACAAAGUUGUGGACUUGAUCCUUGCAACAGAUGAGGAGGAGAUACUCCGCCGUGACAUAUAUGAUAGGGUUCCAGUUCUUAAUUGGAGUAAGGGUCGUGUGGCUUUGCUUGGUGAUUCUAUUCAUGCUAUGCAGCCAAAUCUGGGUCAGGGAGGAUGCAUGGCUAUUGAGGAUAGUUUUCAACUUGCAUUAGAACUUGAGAAGGCUCUUAAGCAAAGCUGUGAAACCAACCAGCCAGUUGACAUUGCUUCUUCCUUAAAAAGGUAUGAGGAAGCAAGAAGGGUCCGUGUUGCUAUUAUAUAUGGGAUGGCACGUAUGGCUGCAAAUAUGGCAACUACUUACAAGCCAUACCUGGGAGUGGGGCUUGGACCAUUAUCAUUUUUAACCAACCUGAGAAUACCACAUCCUGGAAGAGUGGGUGGGAGAGUUUUCAUCAAGCUUGCAAUGCCAUUCAUGCUGAGCUGGGUCUUGGGCGGUUAUAGCCCAAAGCUACAAGGGAGGUCACUAAGUUGCAGAAUCUCCGACAAAGCAAGUGAACAUUUGAGGAAGUGGUUUGAAGAUGAUGACGCUUUAGAACGUGCCCUUAAUGGAGAAUGGUACCUUUUACCUUGCGGCGAAGGGGCUAACAUGUCUCCACAACCUAUUCGCCUAAGCAGGGAUGAGCAUAAACCUUGCAUCGUUGGGAAUACUUCACAUUCUGACCAAUCUGUUGCUUCAGUAACAAUAUGUGCUCCACAGGUCUCUGAAAUGCAUGCACGCAUCACAUUCAAAGAGAAUGCCUUCUACCUGACUGAUUUGAGGAGUCAGCAUGGUACAUGGAUCAUUGACGUUGAGGGGAAACGUUAUCGGGUGCCGCCAAAUUCUCCUGUUCGUGUCCGUCCAUCUGAUAGCAUACAAUUUGGUUCUGAUAGGAAGGCGCUCUUCCGUGUGAAAGUAUGGAGGGGCUCGCAGGUGGAGAGGAAAACGGAGGACCAGUUGUUACUGAGCACAGUAUGAGAAUCUCUCUGAAAGAAAGAGAAGCUGGUUUAUUAAACUGUAAGAAAGACCCCCUAGUUCAAGCUUCAAAGCAUUCUAUAUUCAUGCCUUGCCGUACAUAGUAAAGGAAAACUUGAGCAUGGAGGAAACGGAAGAAUUUUUCUGCAAAUGAUUCUUAAGCCCCAUAAUUGGAAAACGUUGGUUAGAAGGAUGCUUGUUUUGCUUCCCUACAACCUGUGGGAGUCUGUAAUGUUUGUACAGUAUUCCAGGCAAUUGUGAGCCUUAAAGAGCUCAUUGUGUCACCACAAGCUAAGUUACAGAAAUUUCAAAGCAUACAUUUUAAUUC